AUGGUAACAGAUAAUGAUGUUUAUUUAAAAUAUUUAGAUGCCUUAUGCCUUACAGCAUGUUAUAGUCGCUAUAAAGAGAAUUUACAACCGACAACUGAUUAUUAUAUUCUAUGUCCAUAUCCAUGUAUUGUACAAAAAGAUUGUUCAUUUUAUGAUUGUAAAGAUCAUGGAAUAUUUUCACAUGAAUAUGAAUGUCCAUGUAGUGGAUUAAAUAAAUGGGAUACAGAAAGUAUAGAAUGUCUAACAAAUGAUUUAUAUGAAAUUAGACAGUCAAAAGAAUAUCCUGAUUUCAUUACAAGGGAAGAAAACUUAAGAAAGCGUAUUCCAAAAAAUUGUGAAAGUGAUAAUAAGUGUUAUAAUAAUGGGACAUUAUUUUGUACACAAGAUCCAAAUCAUCAAUAUACACAGUGUGUAUGUAAACUUGAUCAUCAUGGUUACCAUUGUCAAGAUAAAAUAGAUGCUUGUUUAUUCCAUAUUGAACAUCAUUUACAACCGAAUGGUGGUACACUGAUUGCUGGCAACAGAGCGUGUAAUAUUAAUAAUCCAGGAAACAAAUGUAUUUCAAUAACUGAUACAUAUGGUCAAGUAACCUAUCAAUGUCAAUGUAACGAAAGUGUUUGGAUACCAGAUAUAAAUUUACCUUAUCCAAACUGUAUGCAAAAAUUAACAAAAUGUGAUUCACUUAUUUGUUUAAAUGGCUAUUGUAUUUCAAAUGAUAUCGGUGAUAAAGCAACAUGUAUAUGUGAUCAUGGUUAUACAGGGAGUUCAUGUGAUGAAUGGGUUGGUGAAUGGUCUGAAUGGUCAAUAUGGGAUAAAUGUAGACCAGCUUGUGGUCAUCUACGUUAUAGUGUACGUGAAAGAGAAUGUUUAUCAAUGAAGCUAGGAAAUGAAUCAAAACAAUGUUUAGGUUCUCCUGUAGAAUUUUUUAAAUGUUCAGAACAUCCAUGUAAUCAAUUAGGUAUAUCAUAUCUUGACGUUUAUUUUGAGAAACAACAAAAUGUCAUCUCUGUGAGUUUAGCUUGUGGUGCCGUAGUCUGUGCUAUCCUGAUAAUAAUAUGGAUAUUACUUUGCUAUGGUUCAGUUAGCUCAGUAUAUCAACAUUACAUUGAAUACUGUAUGAUGAGAAGACAGAUUAAAAAACAUCGAAAGUAUAAGCUAAGAGGAAGCAAAGUCGGUGGAUUGUAUAUCACGAGUAGUGAAAGCUACAGCGACUACGAGGAUAAUGAGAUAACUAGUGAUAACUUUGGCAGUGAUACAGAAGGAGGUAGAAGAGAAGAACUUACAUCUAAUGAAUAAGGAUUAAUGAACCACAAAAGAAAUUCUUCUGUUUGUUAAUAAUAAUACAUAAAAUACAUUUAUAUUCAAAUGAAUCACUU